AUUAAUUAAUACCAUAAAACAUUAAUCACUUUCUUGAAAAUACUUCUAAUUUUUCUUCUUGACUUAAGUGCAAACUCCUCCUCCUUGUUUCACAUUUUUUUCUUGAAAUAAUUAGGUGGUUUUGUAUUUAAGUGAAGAAGGAUAGAGGGGGCGAGUUCAUUGUUAUUUACUAAAUUUACAAUUGUGUAAAAUCGAUUAUAAAAGAAUAUUUAUAUCAUUCAUUACUGGCCCUUCAAGAUUUCUCGAUUAUCAAAAAAAAUAUAAUCAGGUGGUCAAAAUGUCAGCUAUUGUUGAACCAAUGUCACCAAAGAAGGCCUUAAUUAUGGAGACAAUGAUGGAUGAAAAUGAUCAACAAGACAAAAUGAAAAUUCAGGAUGAUGAAAGUUUGAGGGAGGAACAACUUCUUGAGAGUAAUCUUGGCUCUUCAGAGGGAGGAGAGAAUGAAUUAGAACCAGUGUUACAAGAACCAAAAUUGUACAUAAUUUGUCCAGGCAGAUCAGAUUUAGUGCUAUGUGAGCCAUUCAUUUCUACACCUAAAGAUUGCCUGUUCACUCUCAAGGAAGCAAGUAAAUACAAGCUCAAAUUUUCAUUUAUUGUCUCCAACAAUGGUGUUUCUGGUCUCAAAUACAUCAACACCACCUGGAAAUCUGGUGUAAGAGUUGAUAAAACUCAAGUGAUGCUAGGAAAUUUUGAACCUAGAAAAGAUCCAUAUGUAUAUGAAUUAGAAGAAGAUGUCACACCUUCUGGUGUUUUUGCAAGGGGUGUAUAUACUACAAGAACACAGGUUAUAGAUGAAAAAGAAAGAAGCUAUAUGGAUAUCAAGUACUACUUUGACAUUCAAAAGCAAUGGCCUAAUCAAAUCUCCUAGUUUUGUAGUUUUCAAUUAUUUUAAUUUUCGAGAGGUUAAUCACUAAUGUAAAAAGUUGAGGAUUUUUUUUUAAAUUCAACUUUUUUUUUUAGUCAAUGGAGAAGUAUUAUUUUUCCAUUCGAAUUGUGAAAAUGAAGAACUUCUUACAUAGAAUUUUUUAUUUUUCUUUAAAUAUAAAUAUGACAUUUAUCACCA